AUGAUUGCCAUUGCAUUUAAGGGUGGAGGUCCAUAUGGAAGUGAAGUGACGAGAGGGCAGGAUCUCAGUGGGAGGGACUUCAGUGGAAAGACUCUCAUCAAACAAGACUUCAAAACGUCAAUCCUUCGGCAAGCGAAUUUCAAAGGCGCAAAGUUACUUGGCGCUAGCUUCUUCGAUGCCGAUUUAACAGGUGCUGAUCUCUCUGAUGCCGAUCUAAGAGGUGCAGACUUUUCGUUGGCCAAUGUAACAAAGGCAAACCUAACUAAUGCAAACCUAGAAGGUGCACAAACUACUGGCAACACUUCCUUCAAGGGUUCAAUCAUUACAGGAGCAGACUUCACUGAUGUACCUUUGCGAGAUGACCAGCGGGAAUACCUGUGCAAAUUAGCAGACGGCGUGAACUCGACAACCGGAAAUGCAACAAGGGACACAUUGUUCUGCAAUUAACACGAGCAUAUCUCGAGACCCAAUAGUUUUCGAUCGAAAUCAGCUAAGUAUUGCGGUUUUUCGUCUUCGGAUCAUCUUCGAGAAGCUUAAACAUUGUGCCACUGCAUUGAAGAAAUAUCACUAUGUUUUAACUGGAGGAAUGUAUGUUUUCAUAUUACUAUAUAUUUUGAGUAAAAAUAAAACAAUGAUAAAUAUGAGUUGUA